UUACUUCUGUUAGCGCUCUCUCUCUCUCUCCCUCCCUCCCUCCCAUCUCUUUCUCAAAGUCUUCUCUCACUUAUUGUUUCAAUUUAUUGCUUGCCAAUCGUUCUUUCUCUUAAUUAGCUUCAUUUACAUGUGAACGCCACAAGAAUUUCUGACUUGUGGCAAAGCUACAUAAUCAACACAGGUUUUGAGGGCGAAGUUUGUGCAUGGCCGCCUAAUCAACCGAGCACCUUUGAGAUAAGACCCUGAACGAGUGGUGGAAAGCCUGUCAAAUGAAAUAAGCAGCCAUGGAGAAGCCAGGGAACCAGGGUUGUAAACCCUUGACCACAUUUGUACAAACAGACUCAAAUACUUUCCGAGAAGUCGUACAACGCUUAACAGGCCCAUCAGAAAGUAAUGCAACACCAGAAGGAGCAACAAUGAAGGUUGUGGGUGCAAAGAGGCCAACGGCCAAACUCCAUGAGAGAAGGCAAUACUCUAGGCCCAAGCUUGAGAUAGUUAAACCCCCUUUCCAAUUUAAACCCGGUUCAUCAUCCGACCACAACCCAAGCGCCUCACCCACCAAAACAGGUAACUCUAGUUUACUCCCAAGCCCUGUGACCCCUUCUACAAUUUUCUCAAAGCUCUCCAUUGAGGAAGAGGAAAAGAGGGUAGAUUCAAGCAUCGCUGAUUUGAAUAGCCAAGAAGAAGAGAAAGCCAUCAAAGAGAGGCGAUUUUAUUUGCAUCCAUCACCCCGGUCCAGGCCAGGGUACACUGAGCCAGAGUUGCUAACCUUGUUCCCUCUAACAUCUCCGAAAACAAGUGAAAAAUCAUCAUGAUUCUGAGAAUGCAAGUGCUCCUGUUAUAACUUGUUCUUGCCUAUUCCAAACUACAGUACACCACGUCACCAUAUAGAGAGAACUUGGGGAAAGCUUAAUAAGUUUCUAAUCUCCUGUUAUGUUCAAUUUAUAUAUUGUCCUGUCGAAACUAAUUAUAUUGAACUCUUGCUUGAGUUUUUGUCUGCUUCAAGUAAAUUCAGUUUUUCACUGAGAAAGAGGACCUAAAUUUAAU